CGGACAUUUACAAGUCUUUUGAUCAUACAGAUCGCCUCCAGCAGUCUACCACUCAACUAUGAACGAAACCUAACGAUAACUGGAACAUGAGAAUUGAAAGUAAAUGUCAUCAGGUCUAGAUAUCAUUUUAUAUACACAAACGAAGGACUGUAAACUCAUGAGUAUAUGAUAUCAGAUGCUAAUUUAAAUUGCAUCUACAGGCUUAUACUCCAAGUUGUUGUACGAUUGCCUUUUUAAAAAAAAAAAUUGUGUACUUCAUGUAUUUUCAGUGAAAUAUAUUUUUUACUCUUUUCCUAGCAAUUGAGUAUACUUUUGGGUUAGAUUUACUAAGUUUAACCUAAACUAACCAUCCAAGUUAUAAUUAACUUCAUUUAAUAGUACCCUGCCAUGCAUCUCAUGUUAACAACUUCCAAAAGUUUUCCCUUUUUGGAAACGUUUAUUAGUGCUCAUCUUUUAUGAUUAAAAGAUAUUAAAAAUAGGGAUUCCUUGUAUGAUUUCAGACGUUUAUAUUUAACGUACGCAUUUCAGUAAGACGUUUGUCAGACUAGUGCUAAUUAAGAUAUGUCAUAAGCAUAACUACUAGUAUCUAGAACUUCAAAAUUUAAGAGACGAAAUAUGAAAAUAAGUAUACAGUAAUGAAUACUAGCUAGUAGCAACACACACAAACACUCUCUUUGCACGUGCAUCUACCAUCACACCUUCUUCCCAUUUAUACUCUCUUUCUUGCACCUAACCAUACGUUUGGUAUAAAAAGAAUUCGAAUUAUAAAGAAAUUUAAUUGCAUACAUUGCUAUUAUUAUAUUAUGCUAAUAUUGAUGAUAUUCCAAUAACUAGAAUAUUACUUAUAUUUAAUUUUAAAACAACAACAAGGAAAAAAAAGAAACGAUUACCCCAUUCACCUCGCGACCUCCUUCAUGAAACAAACGUGGCCUCCUCCGUUUUUCUACUUAUAUACCCACAUUUAUACUUCUACAUAAACACUCAUAUAUAAAUAACGUACAUUUAUCGAUAUUAUUAGUUCACAAGUACCUCUCAUCAACUAAAGCUAAUUAAUUAAUGCUGAUUUGGUUAUGGCUGAUCAGCAGCGAUCUGGCCACAACACCUCAGAUUCUCGCCGGAAAUCAGCAGCCGGGAGACGAACCUCACAACACACUACGACGUCAUCAUUAUCUUCCGGUGGAGGAGCUAUGGCGGCAGCUGCAACGACGGGGACAGGAACGGUCUCGCCUUGUGGGGCUUGCAAGUUCUUGAGAAGGAAGUGUGUGAGUGGAUGCAUUUUCGCUCCACAUUUCGGGUCGGACCAAGGAGCGGCUAGGUUCGCGGCGGUCCAUAAGGUAUUUGGAGCCAGCAACGUGUCGAAACUGUUGCAUCAUAUUCCGGUGAACCGUCGUCAUGACGCUGUAGUUACGAUUUCAUAUGAGGCUCAAGCUAGGCUCUCUGAUCCUGUGUAUGGCUGCGUCUCAACUAUCCUUGCUCUCCAACAACAGGUGGCCUCGCUACAGGCGGAGUUAUCACUGGUGCAAUCACAACUAAUAAACAGUAGAGUCGCAAUGGCCAACGUUAUGCAACAACAACAAAAUCAUCACCAACAACAUCAACAACUAGUCGUUAUGCAACAACCUGAAUACUCCAACAACUCAUCCGCCUCCACCACUCUUGCCGGAGCCGCCAUGAAUAGUUUCACCGCGACGGCAGAAGCAGCAGCAGCCGUUAGCUAUGACGUCAUGGCCCCGGCUAAUUUAGAGCAUUCGUUGCAGCAUGUGCCACGGCAUCAACAAGGUAGCGGAAAUCAGCAUGAGGACGAGGAAGAGAGUGGUACUGAGUUUUCGGUGGCUGUGGGCUCGACGGCGUUGGCUGCGGAGGUUAUAUAUCCGGCGGAGGGUUUUCACCGGAUAUGAAUAUAUAUCACUGGGACUGUCUUUAAAGCUAUAUAUAUAUAUAUCUCCCUUUAAUGUUGAAAAAGAUAAUAAUAUAUAGUAUCUACAUACAUACGUAUACGGUAUACCAAAUAUAUGAAGACUUGAUGUGAAAUAUUUGAAUGAGAUAUAUAACUAGAUUAUUGUUUUA